UUGUUUGUCAGCGGACCAGAAAUGAAGUUUGCUGUGAGAUGGAUGUUUGGGUCAGUGUUACACUGAGUCAGUGUUACAACAUGUUGCAGAGAAGAUAGAGGCAACAGCCACGGAGUCUCCAACAGUGAGCAUCACAGGAUCUGGAAAAUUGGACUGAUCUCUACCAGCUACAGAGAUCUCUCCAGACUAUGGAUUCACAACAGUCACUCUUUUUCUUUCUUGACAAGCACAAGUAAACGUAAGUGUCAUCCAAAACCCCACUCAUUGCAAUAACUUUAUUAUUUGGCAGUGAUUUAACUUGUUUGUUUUUCUUCUUCUCCUUCACAGCUCUUUAUUUAUCGCUUCCGUCUUCUGUUUAUUUAACACAUCUUUUACUGUCAUUUCUACUACUACCCUCCCUUUUCUCUCUCUGCCUGUGACUAUCCUGUGCUCUGUCUGUGAGCAUGGACGGCACAGAGCCUGUGCAGCCCAGUCUCAACUCCUCCUAUGUUCCGUCUGCUUUUGGCAACCACCAAGUAUCCGAGGAUGAGGAGAGCGAGGACCAGAGUCCCUCUUCAUCACUCCUACCCAAACAUUCCUCAGUGCCUCUGGCUGUGCGUUACAGCCCAGAGGACUCUUACUGUUUUGUGUACAUCAUCUUCUUUCUGAUGGGCAUCGGCUCCCUGCUGCCCUGGAACUUCUUCAUAACAGCCAAACACUACUGGCUCUACAAACUGAGUAACAACACACAUGACAGCAGCAAUAAGGAGCAACGUUCAGACCUCAGUGACUACUUUGAAAGUUAUUUGGCCAUUGCCUCUACAGUGCCGUCUGUACUGUGUCUGAUCCUCAACUAUGUCCUAGUUAACAGGUUGUCUUCAAACGUACGGAUCCUGUCGUCUCUUUUUGUGAUCCUGGUGGUGUUUGUGGUGACCACGGUGCUGGUGAAGGUAGAUGUGUCAGACUGCAGGACUGAGUUCUUUGUUGGCACAUUGGCCAGCGUGGCCAUCGUCAGCGGAGCCUCCAACCUCUUCUCAGGCAGCGUGUUUGGGAUCAGCGGACAUUUCCCCAUGAGGAUUUCUCAGGCACUUAUAUCAGGCCAGGCCAUGGGAGGCACACUGAGUGCAGUAGCAUCAAUACUGGACCUGGCACUGGCAAACGAUGUGGCAGACAGCGCACUGGCCUAUUUCCUCACAGCUGAUGUCUUCAUCCUGCUCUGCAUCAUCACGUAUCUGCUGCUGCCCAAGCUGGCAUACUCAAGACACUACAUGCUGGCAGGAAUGUGCACCAGUUCAGGAGUGAUGAGUGAGGGCGGAUCAGCAGGAGGCACAGGAAGCAGAGUCUCUGUCCCUCCUCUGCAGCCUAUCCUUAGGAAGACAUGGGUGCUUGGCCUGAGCGUCUUCUACGUCUUCUUCAUCUCUAUCAUGGUGUUCCCUGCAGUAUCCUCAGGGAUCCAGUCAGUCAACAAAGACAGCGGCAGCCCCUGGACAACCACUUACUUUGUGCCUCUAACCAGUUUCUUCCUAUAUAACCUAGCAGACUUCUGCGGCAGGCAGGCCACAGCCUGGCUGCAGGUCCCUGGACCCACCAGUCGAGUCCUGCCUGUGCUGGUAGUGUGUCGCUCCGUCAUGGUGCCAUUUCUGAUGUUCUGUAACUACCAGCCAAGGGACCACCUCCACACUGUGUUAUUUGCCCAUGACGCGUACCCUGUGGUCUUCAACUGCCUGCUCGGCCUCACAAAUGGCUACCUAGGCACUCUGCCAAUGAUCUAUGGCCCUAAGGUGGUACCUCGAGAGCUGGCAGAGGCCACAGGAGUGGUCAUGUCCUUCUUCCUCACUCUGGGACUGGCUGUGGGAUCUGCUUUCUCCGUGCUUAUUGUGCACUGCAUCUGACCAGACUGUUAAACAACAACCUAGUCACUCACAGUGGUGUACUUGAGCUAUACAGCAGACGGCAGCUGGACAGUAAGAAGUAUCUACCAGAACCUCAAAGCACUGUGAUGCCAAAGCCAGUUGACUGACAUGAGGGAAAAGUGCUGAUAAGCUUCUUACUUCCACUCUUAACCAAAAAGCCUUAAAUACUUCAUACCUCACACUAAUGUGUAUUAUGUUUACACUGAUGUGGCUGUGUUUGCCAUGACUUGUUUUCUACAUAAAUAAGAUGGGGAAGUGGCUUUGGGGAAAACAUAUCAAUCAGUGCAGUCCAUAAGAGACACCUCAAUUAACUGUUUUCUUUCAUAUAGCAAUAUAGCAAAUACACAUUUUGCACAAAUGUAUCUGUUUCAAAGGGUAAAAAAUUGUGUUACAUAAAUUGUUAUGCAGAGAGUGUGAAAUGCAUUUUAGUUAAAAGGUUAUAAAAUAAGCAGAUAAAAAGAAGCACCGCAUUUCAGUGAGGGACACAGAUGGCAAACGGGGCAAACAUGUCACUGAUUAGUGUUAGCUUUCUCUAGACUUUAACUUUGUAAGCUGAGCAUUGCUGGUAACUAAUGUAAUUUCUGUCAUAAUUUUUUAAAUGCAGAUUUCAGCUGCAGUAAAUUGAAAGUGAUGGACAUUAAGUAGCUACUGGAACCUUUCAAACAUCUGUUUAAAUAAAUUAAAUCUACAAACUGUAAA